AUGAAAGUAUUUGUUGUAGGGGCGACAGGAGCGAUCGGCCGUUAUGCUGUUCAAGCACUCGUUGACGCUGGGCAUAGUGUCACCGCCGUGGCCCGAACCCCUGAGAAAGCAAGUCGGCUGCAAAAUCAAGGCGCUUCGACCACCACGGUCUCGAUAUACGACCGUAUGGCAUUGAUCAAGCAAAUUGAGGGACAUCAAGCAGUCGUCAACCUUGCUACAGCCAUACCGCCGGUGUCAAAAUUCAUGCAAUCAAGUGCGUGGGUUGAGAAUGAUCGAGUGCGCAAGGAAGGCUCUGCGACCAUUGUCGACGCCGCAAUAUCCGCGGGCGCCGAGCGUAUCGUCCAAGAAUCUGUAAGCAUGCUGUACGCAGACCAAGGCGACGCUUGGAUUCACGAAAAUAGCCCAACAGACGACUUUCCCAUGGCCCACGGCAAUCUGGCUGCAGAAGCCAGCACGCAUCGCUUUAUAAAGACUGGUGGCACUGGUGUCAUCCUCCGUUUUGGCUGGUUCUAUGGGCCCGGCGCGAAACAUAGCGAGGAGUUCUUCCGACUUGCGCGAAAUCAUAUUGCCAUCAUGAUGGGCCCACCCAAUGGCUAUGUUUCGUCCAUUCACGUCGCUGACGCGGGUGCUGCUGUUGCAGCAGCUUUGGCCGUCCCAUCAGGGACCUAUAAUGUCGUCGAUGAUGAGCCACUGACGAAGCGGGCCUAUGCAGAUGCACUUUCUACAGCAGCAGGGCGGCCUGCAUGGCUACGCCUCCCAGGACGAGCGGCGCUGUUACUGGGCAACCGCUCUACAUCACUGACACGCUCUACACGAGUCAGCAAUGCGAAACUCCGAGAAGAAAGUGGAUGGUUGCCCUCCUUUAGCAGCGCGCGCGACGGUUGGCUUGCCACUGCAAAAAUUCUUCGAAAGUAG